AUGGAGGAAGCAAAGGAAAUUGAAGUUGGGGAAACUUCCACAUCAUCUAGAAAAGUCAUAACAUUUGAGCCAAAGCUGGUUAUAAAGAAAGGAAUAUCAACUCUUGGAUUUGUUCUGCGUUUAUUUGCUGUUUUUGGAACUAUAGGAAGUGCACUUGCCAUGGGAACAACACAAGAAUCAGUUGUCUCUUUGACUCAGCUUGUACUUCUUAAAGCUAAAUACAGCGACUUACCAACACUCAUGUUCUUUGUGGUUGCAAACGCCGUUGCUGGUGGAUAUUUGGUUCUUUCACUACCUGUGAGUAUCUUUCAUAUCAUCAGUACUAAAGCUAAAACCUCAAGAAUCAUCUUGCUCGCCAUCGAUACGGUGAUGUUGGCUUUGGUGAGCUGUGGUGCAUCUGCAGCAACAGCAACCGUGUACUUAGCUCACGAGGGGAACACAACCGCUAAUUGGCCGCCGAUUUGCCAGCAAUUUGAUGGAUUCUGCGAACGUAUCUCAGGGUCUCUCAUAGGGUCUUUCUGCGCAGUGAUCUUGCUCAUGCUUGUUGUUAUCAGUUCCGGUAUCUCUCUCUCACGCCACUAA